GAAUUUGACAUGGAACAAGAGAAAAUGGGAACAGAGAAAAACAUGUGGAAGUUGCGUGCUAACCGUGUAAAACAAAUCCUCUCUUCGUUAGAAUUUGGUUCAUUCAAAAAGUCCAAGAGAUUUGGGCUUGAAUUCGAUGUUGGAUUUGGCCCGAAGCAAAACUUCAAUGUUGACUCUUUGCCAAAUUCUGUUCUGCUCGAAGUUGCUAAGUUUGCCUUAGCACUUAAUUCCUCCCAACAAAAUUUCAUCAUGGAGAUUCUUGAGUACAACUUUGACAUCAGCCUGCAGAGUGGGGAUGAGAGAAAUAGUUUCACAUGUGAAAUCAUGAAUAGAGUAAGGCAACUGAAAAACUCUGAAGAUGCAGUUAAAUUCUCAAAAGAUAUCUUUGAACUACCUGAUCCCAUGUCAUCAAUAAAAAUGGCAAAUACUAGGGUGGGCAGUGUCAAGCCUGAAGUUGGAUACAACAUAUCGAGAGGGGAGGAGUGUGAUGUUGCUCCCGGGCCUCCUGCUCAUUCACAUGCUGAAACCAAAGAUCAUAUUUCAAGGAACAGUGUGGAUGUGUAUCCCAUCUGCAAGGAAAUAGGUCUGAAGUUGCAUGUAAACAAACGUCAACCUAGCAAAAGACUGGAUAUCAGCACACUGACCAAUGGAGCAAUGACUGAAGUGACAAACUUUGCAGAAAAGUUGUGUGGAACAUCUGAGCAAAUCUGUCUUGACAUCCUCAGACACAACUUGGAUCUGGAUUUGCAAAGUGGAGAUUCUGAUCUUGCCGGAAGUAUUGUUGCCCGAAUUCCUGCUAUAGUGGAGCAAAGGAAUCUAGUCGCCAGUCUUAAACUCUUAAAGAAAAGAAAGGGCACAAGAAAAGACUCCUCAGAGAAGGUGGAACUGGAUUGCCAGAGUCAACACAAAGUAGAUGCGUGUAGUGCUGGUUCUUCCCAGGCCACAGACCCACAUGUAGGGAAUUCCCCUGACACUGAAAACCAAAAUGCUCUCAAUUUAAAGCUGUGGAAAUUGCGAACCAAUCAAAUUAAGCAAAUCCUCUCAAUACCUCAUGAAAAACAUUGCCCACUUUAUUCUUACUCCAGAUGUCAGAAAUUAGGCCUUGAUUUUAAUGUAGGAUCUGGAGUAAAACAAAAUCUUGAUCCUAAAUUACUGACCAAUGGCAUCAUGGUUGAAUUAAACACGUUUGCCACAGCGCUGCUGUCAGCCCAGAAGCAUUUCAUCACUGAAAUACUGGAGUAUAAUUUCCAUCUUGAUUUUAAAAAUGAGCUGCACCGCAGUGCCUUUGCACAGCAAACUUUAGAAAAAGUUAAAGUUGAUGCUGAUAAAAGAACCAGCGUUCCUCAAAUGAAAAUGCGAUUUGAACUUCCUGAUUUGAGGUACCCACAAGAUACUGCUUAUGAAAAACCUACAUAUUGCCCCAAAUGCGUUCAAGACCAAAACCAAGAGCUUGAUCAGGAUGAAUCUGACCCUUGUGACCAGGUUCCGAUUCAGCCACAUACCAUAACUGACGCAGUCACUGCAGAUGCAAACUGCACAGCACAGAAGCCUUCAAAAGAUCUGUCCUCUAAUUUCUCAGCGAUAGAGGAGACAAUAAUGGACAGUUACCCUCGCUGCAAGGAAAUAGGUUUGAGCCUGUGUGUGAACAAAGAUCAACCAAGAAAAAAGCUUGACACCCAUGUAUUGACACGGGGGGCUAUGAUUGACGUGGCUAGUUUUGCCAAAAAAUUGUGUGCAACAAACAGUGGCAUAAUUCACGCAGUCCUCGAACACAACUUCAAUUUAGGCAUGCAGAUCCGAGACGUUGAUAUUGCGCAGCUGUUCCGCAAAGCAACUGCACUAAAGGACGACGAGCUGGCCUGGUUUGAUAAAGUUUUAGUUAUUCAGCCGUCCUCUCGCAAACAACCUGGGCGUGUAAGUAAACUGAAACGGGCAGCUGCCAUGCAGAAAAGUGAAUGGAAGGACACUAUCAAAAAAAGAAAGCUGUCACCGCAAACAAAGAUGAAACGAGCCACACUGAAAAGUCAUAAAGUCAAUGAUGUAAAAUCUAAUUCAAAUCGUCAAAGUAAAGGAAGCCGCUUUCCCAUUUGCUCUGAAAUGACUUUGGAUGUAGAGGUGUCAUCGAAACCAGGUAAAAGAAAAAUACUAGACAUGAAGUUAUUGACCAGAGGGGUGUGUGACAUGGAACAAGAGGAAAUGGAAACCGGGAACAACUACUCUUGUCCUCUAGGAGAGUUUGACGUGGACUCCAACAACGUCACACAUUCAGGAAACGCUGACAAUCAGGAUCACUUACAAAACCCCAAAAUUUGUCCCAUGAGCUCUGACAUUUCUAGAGAAUCAAAAUCAAGUUGUCCGGGUAUUUGUGCACCUAUCCUCACCACCGUUGAUAUUUCAUCCCCUUUAUCAACUGUAAACUCAAAUGUCAACCCACCAUUUGCAAGUCAACCUGAUGAAAGCACGCUUUGUGGAGAUGAAGAGCAAACACAGACUCCAAGAAAGUUGUCAAACGAAUGUAACAUCCAACAAGAAAAAAUGGGAACAGAGAACAAUUUCAAUUUCCCUUUAGGAGAGUCUGAUCAAGGCGCAGAUACUGGCAAUGAAUUUGACAUGGAACAAGAGAAAAUGGGAACAGAGAAAAACAUGUGGAAGUUGCGUGCUAACCGUGUAGAACAAAUCCUCUCUUCGUUAGAGUUGGGUCCAUUCAACAUGUCCAAGAAAGUUGGCCUUGAAUUCGAUGUUGGAUUUGGCCCCAAGCAAAACUUCAGUGUUGACUCUUUGCCAAAUUCUGUUCUGCUCGAAGUUGCUAAGUUUGCCUUAGCACUUAAUUCAUCCCAACAAGAUUUCAUCAUGGAGAUUCUUGAGUACAACUUUGACAUCAGCCUGCAGAGUGAAUACCAGAGAAGUAUUUUUACAUGUGAAAUCAUGAAAAGAGUAGGGCAACUGAAAAACUCUGAAGAUGCAGUCAAAUUCUCAAAAGAUAUCUUUGAAUUUCCUGGUCGCAUGCAAUUAAUAUAUUUGGUAAAUCAGAGAAACAAGGAGUGUGAGGUUGCUCCCGAGCGUCCUGCUCAUUCACAUGCUGAAACCAAGGAUCAUAUUUCAAGGAACAGUGUGGAUGUGUAUCACAUAUGCAAGGAAAUCGGUUUGAGGUGGCAUGUAAACAAACGUCAACCUAACAAAAGACUGGAUAUUAGCAAACUGACCAAUGAAGCAAUGACUGAAGUGACAAACUUUGCAGAAACGUUGUGUGGAACAUUUGAGCAAAUCUAUCUUGACAUCCUCAGACACAACUUGGAUCUUGGUUUGGAAAGUGGAGAUUCUGAUCUCGCCGGAAGUAUUGUUGCCCGAAUUCCUGCUAUAGUGGAGCAAAGGAAUCUAGUCGCCAGUCUUAAACUCUUAAAGAGAAGACAGGGCACAAGAAAAGACUACUCAAAGAAGGUGCAACUGGAUUGCCAGAGUCAACACAAAGUAGAUGCGUGUAGUGCUGAUUCUUCCCAGGCUCAAUUCAAAGAAAAAGAUGUAGGGAAUUCCCCUGACACUGAAAAACAAAAUACGCUCAAAUUAAAGUUGUGGAAAUUUCGAGCCAAUCAAAUUCAGCAGACCCUCUCAAUACCUCAUGAAGAACACUGUCCACUUUAUUCUUACUCCAGAUGCAAGAAAUUAGGCCUUGAUUUUAAUGUAGGAUCUGGAGUAAAACAAAAUCUUGAUCCCAAAUUACUGACCAAUGGCAUCAUGGUUGAACUGAACACAUUUGCCACAGCGCUGCUGUCAGCCCAGAAGCAUUUCAUCACUGAGAUACUGGAGUAUAAUUUCAAUCUUGAUUUUAAAACUGAGCUGCAUCGCAGUGCCUUUGCACAGCACACUAUGGAAGCCAUUAGAGUGAUUUUGCAUAAAAAAUCCAGCAUUCCUCAAAUGAAAAUGCGGUUUAAACUCCCUGACAUGAGGUACCUACAAGAUUCUACUGAUUCAGAAACUGCAUAUUGCCCCAAAUGCAAUCAAGUCAGAAGCCAUAAGCUUCGUCAGGAUGAACCUGACCCUUGUGACCAGGGUCCGAUUCAGCCACAUACCAUAACUGACACAGUCACUGCAGAUGCAAACUGCACAGCACAAAAGCCUUCAAAAGAUCCGUCCUCUGACUUCUCAGCAAUAGAGGAGAAGGUAAUGGACAGUUACCCUCACUGCAAGAAAAUAGGUUUGAGCCUGUAUGUGGACAAAGAUCAACCAAGAAAAAAGCUCGACACCCAUGUAUUGACACGGGGGGUUAUGAAUGAAGUGGCCAGUUUUGCCAAAAAAUUGUGUGCAACAAAAAGUAGGAUAAUCCAUGCAGUCCUUGAACACAACUUCAACUUAGGCAUGCAGAUGCGAGACGUUGAUAUUGCACAGCUGUUCCGCAGAACGACUGCACUAAAGGACGACGGGCUGGCCUGGUUUGAUGAAGUUUUUGUUAAUCAGCCGGCCUCUCACAAACAACCUGGAGAUAUAAUUAAACUGAAACGGGCAGCUGCCAUACAGAAAAGGGAAUGGAAGAAAGCUAUCAAAAAGACAAAGCUGGCACUGCAAACAAAGAUGAAACGAGCCACACUGCGAAGUCAUGAAAUCAAGUGUCAUCAAAACCAAGUAAAAGAAAAAGAGACAUGGAAGAGGAAAUGGAGGCCGAGAACGACUACACUUGUCCUCUUGGAGAGUCUGAUCUAGACUCAGACGACGUCACAGAUUCAGGAAACACUGAAAAUCAGGAUCACUUACAAAAUCCCAAAAUUCAGAGUCAAAUACCUUCUAACCGUUUUCCUGUUUGCACUGAGAUAGGUUUGGAUCUAGACCUGUCCUCAAAAUCAGAAGAGA